CUAAAAUUAUGGGAAAUUCGGUAGUCUGUCCUUUGUCAGAAUACGUAUUCUGCUUGACAAAGAUUAAUAAAACAAAAAUCCGAAGGAAGAAGAAACCAAUAGUGAAGCAAAGGCAAAAAUAUUACGAUAUGCUUGGAAUCCGCAAGGAUUUUCUAGCAGCUCAACAAAUAUAGCUCCCGAAGUUAGGUAUAAAGUUUUCUGAUCUUUUAGACUUCCUUUAAGCCCUAGUUGGUAUGAAGGCUCGCUCAAGAAUUCUCCUGGUAAAUAAAUCAAGUAGUGCAUUAGAGAGAGGAAGAGCACUUUCAGAAGCCAGCCAGAAACUAAAAACGACUGAAGAUCUUAGUAAAGAGUCUACAAAUCACAAAGAAAUAAAUUUCUCGUUUGUAAUGGAGAAUAGCCAAUCUUCCAAGACCGAGAACAGCAUUCAUUCUUCACAAUCUUCAAUGGAUUCUGACGAUUUUGAGGAUCUGUCUUUUAAAAAUAAGCUGAGUACUGGUGCUCAAAGCCCGGAUAUAAUGCGGCAGAAGUACCUAAGCAAGCUGACAAUGGAGAAAGUGUGGCUGACACCUGCUUCCAAGCCUAAGAGCCAUCAAUCAAUCAUAAUUCUUGAUUGGGAUGAUACUUUGCUCUGUACAAGCUAUCUAACACCCAAAGAUAGUAAUAUCUUCUCGCUUGGCUUACUUGAAGAUACUAAGAUAAAUUUGGAAAAACUUGAAGGAAAAGUGUAUAAAAUCUUAGACACCUGCAUCAAUAAAGCCCAAGUUUACAUCAUCACUAAUGCGAAGCAAGGUUGGGUUGAGUUCAGUUGAAAGACUUACAUUCCUAAGGUAGAGCCUUUGCUUGACAAGGUCACUAUAAUAUCCGCUAGGUCUAGAUACGAGAAAAAAUUCCCUCAAGGUGUAAACGAGUGGAAAAUGCAUGCUUUCCUCGAUACUAAAGCUAAACUAGAGAAAGGCGCAGUGACUAAUAUAAUCUGAAUAGGUGAUUCUCAGACCGAGAUAGAGGCAGGGCAUAAGUUAUACGAUGAGUUUCCCUUUGCAAGGAUUAAAACUAUUAAACUGAAGCCGAAUCCUACCUUAAAAGACCUGAAUAAGGAGCUGAAGGCUUUGUUACUUAAGCUACCUUUGAUCAUUGAUAAGGGCAUCAACCUGUCUAUUAAGCUUGACCAGAAGGUAGGGAAUGAAGAGAAGAAAAACCUUGUUGUAAAUUAAAUCUUAUUUCAUAAUAUUCAACAUCCA